UGUUUUCCUUUCUUUAGUGACCGAGUGCACCAUUUUCACGUGUUGGCAAUGUUUUGCUGCUAAAAAUCGCAAAUUUACCUGCACCACAGCUCCGCAAAAGAUGUCCAAGUUUGCCCACCUCGUCGUGGACACGUCCGCGUUCAUCAAAAAUGUCCAGCUUCAGGACUUUGCCGACACUUGCUACACGGUCCAGGGCGUGCUGGACGAAAUCAAAAACGACCGCCAGAUGAAACGCCUCGUUGUGCUGCCGUACGCGUUGAACGUGCGCGAACCGGACCCGGUCGUGCUGGCCAAGGUGACGGGGGUGGCGAAAAAGACGGGCGAUUUCGCGACGCUUUCGCUGGUCGAUCUGCGGGUGAUUGCGCUGACGUACCAGCUCGAGAGCGAACACGUCGGAACGGGCCACCUGCGGGAGGAGCCGGUGGCGGCGGUGACGAUUGCUUCGGGGCAGCGCCCGCCCGAGAUUGCCGGGUCGGGGAAGGUGCAGGGGUUCUACGAUGGCGGGAAUCGGUCGCGGACGGUGACCGAGACGGGAUCGGAGCAGGUCGAGGUUGAGGUUGUGGACGGCGAGGAAGAUUUGGAGCGGAAGUUUGCCGAGUUGAGUUCGAAGGAGGCGGAGGAGUUGCAGGAGACGAUACUGAAGCAGGUUCAGGAGGAUGGCGAAUCAGCUGGAGAAGAGGAAGAGUCUGAGGACGAUGAAGAUGUUGAGGAGGGAGAGGAUGACGGAGAAGAUGACGACGACGAUGGUUGGAUCACUCCGUCCAACAUCAAGGAGGUCAAGCGCGACUUUGGCACCGAUCUGCUUGAGGACAAUCCGUCGCCCGUUGCUUGCAUGACCACAGAUUUCGCCAUGCAAAACGUACUCAAACAGAUCGGCCUGCACAUUGCCGCGUUGGAUGGGCGGGUCAUCAAGCACGCCCGAACCUACAUUCUCCGCUGUUACGCAUGCUUCAAAACGACCUCCGAUUCCUCCAAGGUCUUCUGUCCCAAGUGUGGCAACAAGACGCUCAAGAAGGUGGCCGUUUCGUUGGACGAGAAUGGCCGGCAGGUGAUUCACAUCAACACCCGGCGGCCGCUGACGGCGCGGCACAAGAAUCGUCCCGUGUCCAAGUUCGACGGCGGCAAACACUCCACGAAUCCGCUGCUCUUCGAGGAUCAGCCGCUGCCCCAGCAGAGAAUAUCGGCCAAGGCGCGCGCCAAGACGAACGCCCUCGGGGACGAUUACACGGCCGGGUAUUCGCCGUUCGUAAUGCGCGACGUCGAUUCGCGGUCGGCCGUGCUCCGGGGCAAGUCCAACUUGAAGCAGUGGAUGAAAAACUACGAGUAUGAUAACCACAGAAAGGGUUAUAAGAAGUAGAGUUGUUUUGUUGAUGUGGAGGAAAUAAAUAUAACAUUCAAUGUGGAAAA